GACACCGCCCAGGUCUCUGCGUCGUUCGAGCCCCUAGCUCCGCACAGCCGGUCAUCCGGGGCCGAGGUUGCGAUACCUGCCCCGAGAGUAGUGACGGUGGGGGUUGGAGGCUGGAAGGUGGGGUGCUCCACAUCCCCCGCGGUUCCCCAGGCAGUUGGGCCCCCAGUUGUCGUUGCCGUCUCCCAAAGUAGAGGGGUGGUAGAGAACAGGCAGGCUUUUUCUGGAAGAAUUGCUGUUGUUGCCCCAGUACUAAGAGAUUGGAUGUUUAAGUUGCCAUUCUCCUCGUAUGUAGUGGGCCCAAAGAGUUCACAUGAAUUCAUUGAAUCAAAGCACGGGAAUUCCCCGACCUUAGGUGCUCAGUAUGGUUCUUUCAGCUUUUGACGCUUCUAGAUGGGACGGAAAUAGUGUCUGAGUCCAAAGCUGAUGGAAGUGAAGAGUGUGUAUGUAGUGGCUCUAUUGAGCCCUAGAGGUAGGACAUGGAAGAGAACGCACUGGUUUGGAGGAAUUUGGAUGAAUUAAGUGAAGGCUGAAGUAAGGCGAAAAGAGAAACAAACCAAACAUUCAUGGACUCUCCCUUAGUUCUAUUACUUACGCGCUGUGGGAUAUUAUACAACUUUAGUCUCUUCAUGUAUUACUAAGUGUCCAAUAACUUGCAUUGUUAUUAAAUAUAAUUAUUUCUGUAUUAGUCCCUAUUUCUUUCACAGGUAUUUGUUGAAUAUCUACUUGGUGCCAAAUUUUCUGCUAAGACACGGAUCACGAUAAACAAAAAUUCCACCAGAGGAAAUGCUGAAAUAGGAGUUACGGAUACGUUGGAUUUGCUGGAUGAAAAACAAGCAGUUAAUUUUUGUACCACAGGGAGAAAGCCCAAAUUGCCAGAUUACAUGUGUAAAUCACUGCGUUACUGCUUUAGUCAUUGUCUGUAUUUAGCAAUGACAAGACUGGAAGAAGUCAACAGAGAAGUGAAUAUGCAUUCUUCAGUGCGUUAUCUUGGCUAUUUAGCCAGAAUCAAUUUAUUGGUUGCUAUAUGCUUAGGUCUUUAUGUAAGAUGGGAAAAAACAGCAAAUUCCUUAAUUUUGGUAAUUUUUAUUCUUGGUCUUUUCGUUCUUGGAAUUGCCAGCAUACUCUAUUAUUAUUUUUCAAUGCAAGCAGCAAGUUUAAGUCUCUCCAAUCUUUGGUUUGGAUUCUUGCUUGGCCUCCUAUGUUUUCUUGACAAUUCAUCCUUUAAAAAUGAUGUGAAAGAAGAGUCAACCAAAUAUUUGCUUCUAACUUCCAUAGUACUAAGGAUAUUAUGCGCUUUGGUGGAGAGAAUUUCUGGGUAUGUCCGUCAUCGACCCACUUUACUAACCACAGUUGAAUUUCUGGAACUUGUUGGAUUUGCUGUUGCCAGCACAACUAUGUUGGUGGAGAAGUCUCUGAGUGUCAUUUUACUUGUUGUAGCUUUGGCCAUGCUGAUUAUUGACCUGAGAAUGAAGUCUUUCUUAGCUAUUCCAAACUUAGUUAUUUUUGCAGUCUUGCUGUUUUUCUCCUCAUUGGAAACUCCCAAAAAUCCAGUUGCUUUUGCAUGUUUUUUUAUCUGCCUGAUAACUGACCCUUUCCUUGACAUUUAUUUUAGUGGACUUUCAGUGACUGAAAGGUGGAAACCCUUUUUGUACCGUGGAAGAAUAUGCAGAAGACUUUCAGUCGUUUUCACAGGAAUGAUUGAGCUUACCUUUUUUAUUCUUUCAGCAUUUAAACUUAGAGAUACUCACCUCUGGUAUUUUGUAAUACCAGGCUUUUCCAUUUUUGGAAUUUUCUGGAUGAUUUGCCAUAUUAUUUUUCUCUUAACUCUUUGGGGAUUCCAUACCAAAUUAAAUGACUGCCAUAAAGUAUAUUUCACCCACAGGGUAGAUAACAAUAGCCUUGAUAGAAUCAUGGCAUCCAAAGGGAUGCGUCACUUUUGCUUAAUUUCAGAGCAGUUAGUUUUUUUUAGUCUUCUUGCAACAGCGAUUUUAGGAGCAGUUUCCUGGCAGCCAACAAAUGGAAUCUUCUUGAGCAUGUUUCUGAUAGUUUUACCAUUGGAAUCCAUGGCUCAUGGACUCUUCCAUGAAUUGGGUAACUGUUUAGGAGGAACAUCUGUUGGAUAUGCUAUUGUGAUUCCCACCAACUUCUGCAGUCCUGAUGGUCAGCCAACACUUCUUCCCCCAGAACAUGUACAGGAGUUAAAUUUGAGGUCUACUGGCAUGCUCAAUGCUAUCCAAAGAUUUUUUGCAUAUCAUAUGAUUGAGACCUAUGGAUGUGACUAUUCCACAAGUGGACUGUCUUUUGAUACGCUACAUUCCAAACUGAAAUCUUUCCUUGAACUUCGGACUGUGGAUGGACCUAGACAUGAUACGUAUGUUUUGUAUUACAGUGGGCACACCCAUGGCACAGGAGAGUGGGCUCUUGCAGGUGGAGACAUACUGCGCCUUGACACACUUUUAGAAUGGUGGAGAGAAAAGAAUGCCUCCUUCUGUUCUCGCCUUAUUAUCGUAUUAGACAGUGAGAAUUCAACUCCGUGGGUGAAAGAAGUGAGAAAAAUCAAUGAUCAGUACAUUGCGGUGCAAGGAGCAGAGAUGACAAAGACCAUAGAUAUUGAAGAAGCUGACCCACCACAGCUGGGUGACUUUACAAAGGACUGGGUAGAAUAUAACUGCAACCCCAGUAAUAACAUCUGCUGGACUGAAAAGGGACGCACUGUGAAAGCAGUCUACGGUGUGUCAAAGCGGUGGAGUGACUACACUCUGCAUCUGCCAACAGGCAGCGAUGUGGCCAAGCACUGGAUGUUACACUUUCCUCGUAUUACAUAUCCACUGGUGCAUUUGGCAAAUUGGUUGUGCGGUCUGAACCUUUUUUGGAUCUGCAAAAGUUGUUUUAGGUGUUUGAAAAGAUUAAAAAUGAGUUGGUUUCUUCCUACUGUGCUGGACACAGGACAAGGCUUCAAACUUGUCAAAUCUUAAUUUGGAACCCAAAGUGGAAUAUUAUUGAGAGUUCAUACUACCAGUUACCACCAACUUGCCAUUUUUUGUAUAUGGUUUUUUUAUUUGUGAAAAACACCUUGCUACUUCUGUAGCUGCUCUCACUUUGUCUUUUCUCAAGUAAUUAUGGUGUAUGUAAGAUGUUGGGAAUAAGCAUUUUAUCCUACAAGUAUGUAAGGAGUCGUAAAUGCUGAUGCCAUGUAAAUGCAUCACAGAGGUUAAAAAUAACUGCACUUUGAGGAAUGUUUGCAUAUGCCUCUGAUUAGAAAGAAAACACUUGUCUAUGCUCUGCAGUGGCCAAUGAAGAAUUAAUAAUGCCUUAUUUUCUAGGCAUAGAUUAGAGAUUGUAGACCAGACCGUUUACUACUAUAAGAAAAUUUCCAGUUUGCUUACAAAAAGAUUUUUUUUUUGUCAACAGGUUUGAGUCCAAGACUAUUUGAAGAAUUACAAACUCUUUCUUAAAAAAGGAUAAAGGGAGAAGCCUGAAAUGAGUGCAAAAAUUUGCUUAUAGUCUACCAUUCAGAUGUCUUGGUUGUGGCCUAUUACCAGUGUAGUAGUAAAGCCCAAAAGACUGUUGAGAUCAAAACAUUCUUCCUGUAGGUAACUGUAAGAGGCUAGAAGCCUACAAAUCGCUCCUUCCUGCAUUGUUGGGGUGGAGGGAGGGGCUCUGAAAGCACUGGCAAUUUUAAGAGUCUUUCUCAGGGUAAUGUUUUAAUGAACAAUGUUUCCAGCUACAAAUUCCUUCCAAAUAAAUUGUCUUCCCUUUCAAAAAGUAAACUUUUUAAAAAUUUAGCAAUUUCUCAUUGAUUUAGGCUAUUUUCGCUAUUCAGAAAUGAUUUUGAUCUCUAUGGAAUUAAUGCUCUGCCAUGAAAAUUACCUUUCAGAUCUCUCAUUAGUGAUGACAUUUUUUUCUACUGAAGGUCAAAGGAUUGAAAACAGGUCAUUUUUUUUCUUGUAUACAUGUAAUGUAUUAUGUAAAAAAAGUAUUCAUGUUGGCAAUUUUAGUUAGGCAUGAUGGUGUGGUUGUAAUUUUUAAAACUUAAUUCAGUGUUUUGUCUGAUUAAAGCAGGCACUGAUCAGGGUAUCCCCUAAGAGGUAAUUUACCCCCUGUUCCCUUCCAGUAAUCCUUACAUUCUAAAUUUUCAUAUCUGAGAAAUAACAAGAGGGGAGUAGAAGUAAAUUAGGGGAUAAUCUAAUCUUUGUUGUUUAAAGUGUGACUUCUCACCACUGAAGCCAUUUUUCUAGCCUCAGAGAGAGGACCUAAUGCCUCUACCAUUUUCUACCUGGUGACUUGAACAUUGAAGUUUUUGUUAGGUAGGAGUCACUUAGUGUCAGGGACCUCGUAUACCACUAUCUAUGCAGCCUUGUUACAGUCUGAUGAUUUCUGUGUUUUGAAUAUGAUUUUCCUAAUGCUUUGAAUAAAAUUUUAAAAAUUAAUUUUUCA